CGUAGUUGGCGGCGCUAAAUAAGAAUAUUCUCAAGAUAAGCUAUCGUUGUGCACCUGACGGCUUUUUAUGUCUCAACCAUCUUCCUUGACAGAUCGUCUGACCGACCCCUCGCAGCGAACUGGAUAGUUUGUUCUUUUCCUCGGAAUUGACUGUGACAGAUUUUUCCUUUUGAUUUAAUGUAUUCCCUCUGAGACCAAGGAAUUGAGAAAAGUUCCACCACACAUGCGCGCGCACACACAGCAAUCCUUACACAAUUGCACUCGAUCGACUCAUCGCCCUCGCCCUUUGACAACAUGGCGUCAGUGCUAUUAGCUGCUGGCGCUGCCAGGAGCAUUGCGGCUAUCAUAAAAACACCACCAAUGAACGAGGCGGUCUCGGGAGUCUUUGGGAGCAUCAGUUUGACCGCAUGGAUCUGUCUACUGCUUCCCCAGCUUAUAACAAACUACAAGACCAAGAGCGCCGAGGGUCUGUCCAUGGCCUUUCUUAUAGUUUGGCUGCUAGGAGAUUUAGCCAAUUUGCUAGGCGCCCUCGCGACCAGACUUGCCCCCACGGCCGUUGCACUCGCCGUGUACUUUUGCUUCGCCGAUGUCGUCCUGAUUACCCAAUGCGUCUACUAUAACGCACUCACCGCCCGCCGCGAGGCUCGUUUGAAUGGAAACGGAAACGCAGAGACACAAAACGGAGCUUCGAGGGCUGUCGAGGAUGAGCCGGAUGAGGAGGAGCCGCUGCUCAGUCGGCGACGCAGGUCCAGCCUGGCAGGUCUGCCAGGCUCGCAGAGACGCCACUCUUCCAUGGCACGCGACGUCUCCAACCUCGACCCGCUGGCUCGAUGCAUCACCGGCGAAGACGAAACCCCCGACGCGCACCCUUGGCUGCACAACACACUGAGCCUUGUAGCUGUCUACGUAGUUGGAACGGCCGGGUUCUUUGUGUCGUAUGGGAUGGGCGCAUGGGGUGACCACACAGACGCCCCAGAAAUCCCCGAGGCUGGCGAUGCGGUUACAGCCUUUGGGCUGACCAUGGGAUACGUCAGCGCUGCGCUUUAUUUGCUGGCGAGACUCCCACAAAUAUACAAGAACUACAAGGAGAAGUCGUGCGAAGGUCUCGCCCUGCUUUUCUUCAUGCUAUCCCUCACGGGCAACUUGACCUAUGGCGUUAGUCUGGUCGCCUACUCCCAAGAGAAAAGUUACAUCAUCAAGACGAUACCGUGGCUGCUCGGGUCGCUUGGAACAAUUGUUGAAGAUAUUGUCAUCUUCUUCCAGUUCCGCCUCUACAGCACCCCCAAAGAGUCAUCGAAAUCGUCCGACGAAAACGAAAGCACGGCAUAAUACUUGAUUUACACACAUAAUUCGUUACUUUCCCCGCCACCAUUAUCUCAACGAGUUAGACUGUUUGCCUUGUUUCAGCCGGCUGCACUUUUUUUGGAGAAUUUAAAUUUAAAAGAAAAAAAUCUCCACGAAAGUUAUUCUGCAGCCAUUUGCAUGGUUUUCGUGGCAACGAGUGUUGAACUUUGUUUGCGCCAUGGAUUCCUCAAUUUGUAUUGGCCCCUUCAGAGCAUUAUCUUGGACUUUGGACCUGCAGAGAUUGGUCGGUUCGUGACAUUGAACUAUGACGUGUUGAGCGCAAGAGAAUGAGAGUAAAACGUCGGCUCCUGACUCCUGCAACAACUAUUCUAGACGUUAUCGUUAUCGUCUGAUCGUAAUAUCAGAUGCCGACGCGGUACUCUGCACACAUGUCAGUCAUUCUGCAGAUGCAUGCGCAUGCACGCGUGCAUUCUCCUCGGGGCUUGGCUUGUGCGACGAGCCCCACUCACCGGGCUAACGCAGAGUCUCUCCAGAUGAGUCCCUCACCAGGAUGAUGGUGGUAUCAAGAAGCCCGUAUAGCUCAGUGGUAGAGCGCAUCACUCGUAUCCCGACGACAUGAUGAGGUCCUUAGUUCGAUCCUGGGUGCGGGCAUUUCUUUUU